CAUGUGUACCAUAUGCGACUACGCUUAACCCUCAGAUUGGUUUAAAGUCUCAGGUGUGCAGUGAGUUAUUUUGACUGGUUAGUGGAAACGCUUAUGUGUGGAACAUUUAAUCACAGUUUCAUAAAAUUUAGUUCUAUUUGAUUUAUACUUUCUAGUGUUUAUACAAUAUUGUUGGGUUCUUGAGAUAUGUAGAUCACGAGGAUACCUGGGUGAAAUUCGUUGUGUGCGCCCUUCACUUCAAACAUAUCUGUCAACGUGUACUGUGAUUGAAAUCAGUAUUGAAUACCCAGAACAUGAGUAUAAUCAAAAUGGAUAAUGAUGUUGAUGUUCUAAGUGAAAAAGAUUCCAUAGGCAUGUUAACUGAUGAGGUUCAUGUACAAUCAUCACUUUCCAUAAAAGAAGAUGAAACUGAGAUGAUGAAUAUAAAACUUGAAGAUUUUGCAGAUACACAUGAAGAGGAGGAUCCUCUAGGAGAACUUCCAUUAAUAAAGUCUGAACAUGAGGCCUCCAUCACUUUACGGAAACUUGUACCUGAUUCUUAUGGUGAAACGUGUCUCGAGUCUUCUUAUGAUGACAAUCAAAUCAUCGAUAUCAAAUUUGAGGAUGUCGGAGGUGUGAUAGAGGAGGAGGAUCCUCUUCUGAUAACAUCUCCAGUAAUAACGGCGGAGCUUGAGGACUCCAUCAAUUUACAGAAAGUGAUACCUGAUUCUUAUGGUGAAACGUGUCUCGAGUCUUCUUAUGAUGACAAUCAAAUCAUCGAUAUCAAAGUUGAAGAUGUCGGUGGUGUGAUAGAGGAGGAGGAUCCUCUUCUGAUAACAUCUCCAGUAAUAACGGCGGAGCUUGAGUUUGUAGGCUGUAUCUUCAGUGGACGCACCUUUCCUGAAGCCAGAUAUUUCUUGGACCAGUGUGCAUGUGAUGACAUAACCUAUUGUAUAAAACCUAACCUCACAUUCUUCUGAAAUAAUAGUUAGGACUUCUGUUAAAUGUAUCUUACCCCUCUCCCCAUUAAUAAUGUACCAUGUUAUUUUUAUUUUAUUACCAGAUUUUGUUAUUAGUCUACUGUAAAACUGCUUUUUAGCCUAUUUUAUAACAUCAUUUAUGAUUUUACAGUACUUAAUAUAGAAUGCUCUUGAUUUUCGGUGAUAACUGUUUCUGCUGUAGAUAUGACUCCUCUUUCAUUUGCAAGAUGUU